AUGACGACAUUUGACGUCUCAGCAGAAGUGCAGUUCAGGCACGUGCCAGUGAAGCAUGAUCCAUUUGAAGAUACUCACAAGCCAAAGUGUCCCACCUAUAAAAUAGAUGAUGCAGACCUUGAGAAAGCACUGGCGCAUGGUCAUUCGAUAAAGGACAAAAUUCGCAGUCUGGAACAUGAACUGGACUUGACGCGGAAUGUAGUCAACACUACUCGCAUCUCCUCCACUGCACGACACGUCAUUCCUUCCAUCAGCAAAGAGCAAGUUCGUCUGCUGCAUCACGAGCAAAGAGCGUUCGAAGAAGCUUCAAAGGUUCUUGCUAAAAACCUCAAGCUGGACAACAUUCGUGAUUUGAGUCACAUUCAAGUGCAACACAUCCUUCCCCAUCAACGUUCAAAGCGUCAGUCCUGCAAACCGCCCAUCUUCUGUAACCGCUCUCGAUUCCGCACCGCCGACGGCAGCUGCAACAACUUGCGCAACCCACGUUGGGGCAAGUCAUUUGAGUGCAUCAUUCGUUUGCUUGAUCCGGCCUAUGCUGAUGGUGUCUCUAAGCCUCGUGUGGCCAAGUCGGGAAACCGCCUUCCCAAUGCGCGUGUGCUUUCGGGCACAAUUCACCAGCAGGAAGACGUGAAUGGCAACUUUACUCACAUGUUGAUGCAGUGUUCAGAGCCAAGCCGUAAAUUAAUUUGCUUUCGUGCUGGCGACAACUCUCGAGUGAAUCAGCAUCCUGGUUUGACUGCUCUUCACAUUGUUUGGCUGCGUCAUCAUAAUCGCAUUGCCAGUCUUUUACAAGAACUUAAUCCUCACUGGAAUGAUGAACGCCUUUUCCAAGAAGCUAGGAGAAUCAUUGGCGCUCAACUGCAACAUAUCACCUAUGCUGAAUUUUUGCCUGUAGUGCUAGGCCACAAUGCAAUGAACUUCUACAAGCUAAACGUCCAGAAAAGUGGAUUUUCAAACUACGAUCCGAGUGUCAAUCCCUCUAUUAUCAGCGAAUUUUCCAGUGCUGCAUAUCGUUUUGGCCAUACAAUUGUUAAUGGUCGUUUUACCAUGAUCAGUUCAGAUAGCAAGCGAAGUGCCUUUAUGCUCAAAGACAACUUUUUCUCGCCUUUUCGACUUCGAGACGGUCAAUUGGACCAAAUUAUGCGUGGUCUGGUCGGUCGAAGUGCUCAGCGAUUUGAUCCGUUUUGCCAUGCUGAUCUGCGAAAUAACUUGUACAAAUCAAAAAGCGAAACAACAGGUUCUGACCUUCCAGCGAUGAAUAUACAGCGAGGCAGAGAUCAUGGCAUUCCUGGCUAUGUUCACUACGUCAAACUGUGUUUUGAUGAC